AUGAUGUCAAGCCCCGCACCCGCCCAACGCCGGCCGCUGGUCGUCGUUUCCAACCGGGAGCCGUAUCAGCAUUUCCGGAACGAAGACGGCGCCAUCGGCUGGUCGCCCACCACCGGCGGCGUAGCGGUCGCCCUCGACGCCCUGAUGCGCGAGCGCGGCGGCGUCUGGAUCGCGCAUGGAUCCGGCAGUGCCGACCGGGAUGUGGUGGACGACGGCGACCGGAUCAUGGUUCCGCCCGACAGCCCGUCGUAUCGGUUGCGGCGGCUCUGGCUCAGCGCGGACGAGGCGAGCAGCUACUACGAGGGAUUUGCCAACGAGGGGCUCUGGCCGCUGUGCCACGAAGCGCAUCACGGUCCGCACGGUGGCCGGGUCACGGCGGUGCAGGCUGUCCCGAUCGGCGUCGAUUACGAUCGGAUUCAGGGCUACGCGCGCGGGCAGGCGCUGGAGGCGGACAUGCAGCGGCUCGUCGCGGAGCUGCGGAUCGAGACGCCGUUCGUGGGUGUCGGCGUGGACCGGCUCGACUACACCAAGGGCAUUCCGGAGCGGCUCGAGGCGUUGGAUCUGCUCCUGAAGCGACGGCCGGAUCUGCGCGGACGGUUGACGUUCGUGCAGAUCGGCGUCCCCUCCCGAUCGACAAUCGACAGCUACAUGGCGAUGGAACAGGCCAUCGAUCAGAAAGUCGCCGAGAUCAACGCCCGCUACCCGGUGUCCGGCGGACCGAUCCGCUACCGGAAGUCGGCGCUCAAGAUCAAGCGGCUGGUGGCCCUGUACCGUCUGGCCGACUUCUGCGUCGUCAGCUCCCUGCACGACGGGAUGAAUCUGGUGGCCAAGGAGUUCGUCGCCGCGCGCGACGACCUCGACGGCGUCCUGGUGCUGAGCGAGACUCGCCGGGGCCGCCCAGGAGCUGCAUGA